CCAACUUCACCACAAACUAUCUUUCUAAGUCUCAUACCCUUCAAUUACUCUUCCAAAAAAAUAUGACUUUUCUUUCAUACUUUCUCAUUCUUUUUGCUCUUUUAAUCCCAAAUUUUGUUUCAUCCUCUUCAGUUCAAGACCCUGAACUUGUUGUACAAGAUGUACAAAGGAGCAUCAAUGUCUCUAGGUCUAGGAGAAACUUGGGCUAUUUAUCAUGUGGAACUGGCAACCCAAUUGAUGAUUGUUGGAGAUGUGACCCAAAUUGGGAGAACAACCGACAAAGACUAGCUGAUUGUGCAAUUGGAUUUGGAAAAGAUGCAAUUGGUGGUAAAAAUGGUAAAAUCUACAUUGUAACUGAUUCAGGUGAUGAUGAUGCAGUAAACCCUAAACCAGGAACCCUAAGGUAUGGUGCAAUUCAAGAUGAACCAUUAUGGAUCAUAUUCAAAAGAGAUAUGGUAAUUCAGUUAAAACAAGAGCUUUUGGUAAAUUCAUACAAGACAAUUGAUGGAAGAGGUGCUAGUGUUCACAUUGCAAAUGGUGGAUGUAUUACAAUACAUUAUGUUAAUAAUGUUAUAAUACAUGGUAUUCAUGUUCAUGAUUGUGUUCCAACAGGGAAUACAAAUAUAAGGGAUUCACCAGAACAUAGUGGUUUUUGGACCGUUUCUGAUGGUGAUGGAAUUUCAGUGUUUAAUUCACAACAUAUUUGGAUUGAUCAUUGUUCUUUGUCUAAUUGUCGUGAUGGUCUUAUUGAUGUUAUACAUGGAUCUAAUGCUAUUACUAUUUCAAAUAACUAUAUGACUCAUCAUGACAAAGUUAUGCUUUUGGGACAUAGUGAUUCUUAUACACAAGACAAGGACAUGCAAGUUACUAUUGCUUUUAAUCAUUUUGGUGAAGGGCUUGUCCAAAGAAUGCCAAGAUGUAGACAUGGCUAUUUUCAUGUGGUGAACAAUGAUUACACACAUUGGGAAAUGUAUGCAAUUGGAGGGAGUGCUAACCCUACAAUCAAUAGCCAAGGGAACAGAUUUCUUGCACCAGAUAAUAGAUUUAGCAAGGAAGUAACAAAGCAUGAAGAUGCAUCAGAAAGUGAAUAUAAUAGUUGGAAUUGGAGAUCAGAGGGUGAUUUGUUCUUGAAUGGAGCAUUCUUUAGACAAACUGGUGCUGAAUCUUCUUCAAUCUAUGCUAGGGCUUCAAGUCUUAGUGCAAGACCAGCCUCUCUUGUUGGUUCCAUCACUACUACUUCUGGUGUGCUCACUUGCAAGAAGGGAAACCGUUGCUAAUUCGCUACUAAAAAAAGUUGAAAUGAUGAGGGACAAAAAAUAUGAAGUUUAUCUCCGAUUAAAAUUGGAGAUCAGUUUCAUUUUUUCAGUCUCUAAUUCUCGUCAAUAAUUUAACUUUUUUAAUAGUGGUUAAUGAUUACUUUUACUUUAUUAGCUAAGUAAUUCAAAUACAUUCGAAGGGAAACAAAAAUUGAUUAAGUAAUUAAGAAUGAGACUUCGUGCUUAUGCUUAAUUUAUUGAUUCUCAUCGGUUGCCCUUUUACAGCUGGUUUUACAAAAUAUUUAACUUUGUUUCUUGAGGUUACAAUGUCAAACUCUUAUACCGAGUUGACACCUCCAAUAUCAUAUUUAUAUAUAGCUUGCAACUACAAGUUGGGUAUGGUUAUUAAAUUAUUACAUUUGGGUUUAAUUACAACCUAUGCCUUUUUCUUUUCAUAUAUUGUAAUCAUAUUGGCCAUGUUGCUUGUACAAUGGAAAGGAAAUGAAUGCAGUUAGUGUUGGUCGAUAAAA